GUGUACUCCGCCAAAUUUUAAAACGGGUAACUCUGAAUGAUGGCUCGACCUCCAGGAGAUUCCAUUGAUUCCCUAAGUUUCUUUGCAAAAUUGCGACGUGUUGCCAAAAGUAUUGACCAGACCCAUGAUGAUUUGCAAAAGGAGCUGUCUCGACCUCUCGGUGACAAAACAAACAUAUCAGAUAGCUCAUCUGCUGAUUUUGAACUCCUCAGAAUAGACAAUGAGAUAUCAUCUAUAAAGAAAGAAGCUCAGGGUUUAUACAUGUCAACAAGAAAAAACACAUUUUCUGGUUUCCUGAAAAACUGUCAAGCUCUUCUCGAUAACAGAUCAUCUCAGCUGUCACAUAUAGAGGGCGAGUUGAAGAAAUAUGGCUUUACUCCAAAAAUUUCUACUGAACAACCUGUGGCAUCGGAAUCAACUGAAUCCACCAAGACUUUCUCACACGAAGCCAAGGAGAACCUGCCAGGGUAUCACCCAACGACUACUGAAGCUUCCACUCCACCUCCUAAGGAAAAUCCAGGACGUGUCAUGGCACCAAGAACACCAAAACUUGAGGAUUUUGGUGUAAGCGCUGGUACAUUAAUGGCUGUGUCCAGACUUAACAACCCAGGAAAGGCUGGCGAAUUCAAAGUUCCUCAACUUAACAAUCAUCAGCUUCCAGGGAGUACCACUAUUCCCACCCCAUUCCAGAACACUGGGCUCUAUGUCACUCCAGGCAUUGGUGACGUCUUCUCAAAUGUCUCAAUGACACCUAAUGAUAGAGGCUACAAUCCUAACAUAGAUAGCCCAGCUUCAGGCCCUGCCACCCCAGCCAUGUGCCUGGGCACUGAACAGCGCAAUGCACUUGAUACACCAGAGCCCCCUAUAUUUGAAACUCCUGGAGCCCGACAAAUUCAACGAACAGUUGCAGAGAAACCAUUUGAGAUUCGGAAAGUUGUGAAAUGUGAAUAUAACAUUGGAGAUGAGGAGAGUCCCAUACCACCAGUUCUCAGUACACCAGGACUUAAACAAAUCUCAAAGGGUCACCCUGUAUCAGCAGCACCACAACAGCAGAAUAUACAGAGUAGCACUAACCAAUGGGACAGUCCAGUUCCACCCCUCCUACAGACCCCUGGGAUCAAACAAAUCAAGAAAUCAUCCAAUCCAAAUAUUGAUGAUCUGCCAAGGGGUCCUACUAUGGGUUUGAGUAUGGAUGACGAUAUGCCACAGACCCCUGAAUUGACUAUAACCCAUGAGGGAAUCAGCAAAUGGGCCAAUCAGGUGCAACCAACAACCAUACCACAACCUCCCUGUUUUCAAACUGGAAACCCCCAAAUGGUAGCAGGCUUUCAUAUGGGGCUAACACAAGAGUCAGAUGAUCUGCAGCCCCCUAUUCUAGAAAGUACAAGACCUGAUAGAUUGGAUGAACUUCCACAGGCCCCAGAUCUGCUGUCCCAGAAGCUACAACUAGGAGAUGAUGAAGAUGACAUGCCCGAACCCCCUCAGUUUACUGGAACGUACAAUUUCUAUCCUACAACAGUUGAACAAGCCCCUGUUUUCAAAUCACCAGACCGCGUGGAAGUAAAGGAGAAAAGGAUGCUUUACCUGGAUGAGGGUGAAUAUUUGACAUUGAACGAUUACCUUCAGAGCAUGUUGUCUCUAGAUGUCAUUAACUCUGCUAUUGAUGGCAUCAAUGCUCUGUUUGACAAGAAGAUACGAGAUGGUAUGGCAGAGACUGUUACACAGACAGAGGUUCGGGAACUACUCAACCUUGGACCAUUUACAAAAUCUCUACUACUUCUGUUAAUGAAACUUCAUAGACUGAAAUCUACAAGUAAAACAGCCAAUGAGGCCCAUUUCACAAGACUCUGAACAUUACAUGGUACACACCAAUGGUAAACACAACACAUCAAGAAUACAGAAACAAGAAAUACAGACUUUUAGGAUGUUAAAGUCUAUAUAUGAAAUAGCUUGCAAGUCUAACUGAAGAAAUGGGAUGUCAGAAUGUUUAAUGAUGUCCCCAUGUAUUGCAAACAAACUUGCUAUCACAACACAUUUCACACAGACUGACAGAGUAUUAUUCAGCCAAGAAUGUAAAGAGAAAAAUUGGGAGGAUGUCAAAAUAUUAAAAUGUUGCAACAAAUACUACUGGAUAUAACCAAAAUAUAUCUUUCAUAUUUAAUAUCUUAGCUAUAAUAAAUUCAUACUUGAGCAUAUAGGCUAAAUACAGUGAAACAGAACAGCAACACCUGUCUAGUCCGAACCCCACUGGGACUUACAAAAAGCAUUCAGAUUAAAAAAGAUGUUCAGAUUUCAAGGCUUCUACAUUCAAAGGAUUUAGGACUUUAAGAAAUAUGAACACGUUCCCCUCGCUUCAAUAAUUAAAGCUCAAUUAAAGGUUAAUAUUUCAAUUAUGACUGUCAUUAUGAAAAUUGAGAGGUUAUUUUAACAUUGGAGUCAAUGGGAGGAAAAUGGGACUGAAAAAGUAAACCAGAUGGAGUCAGAUGUUUAGAUAUAUAGGUUUCACUGUGUUUAUAUAGUAUUUUGUAUCUGAUGAUCUUUGAUCAAAUUUAACAAACUAACUUCAAACAAGCUAUAUUAUACUCAUUUCACCCUUGUCUUGUAAGAAUAACUUUCUUUAUCACAUGUUAUGUACCAUGUACAUAUAACUAGGGUAUUGUAAAUACAGAUCUAAAAAAUAUAUUAUAGUAUUAUAUAUUUUAAAAACCUUG